CUAUGUAGGAAACCUGUCCAGAGAUGUGACUGAGGUUCUCAUACUUCAGUUAUUCAGCCAGAUUGGACCAUGCAAAAGCUGUAAAAUGAUAACAGAGCAACCCGAUAGCAGAAGGGUCAACUCUUCUGUUGGAUUUUCUGUUUUGCAGCAUACAAGCAAUGACCCUUAUUGCUUUGUGGAAUUUUAUGAACACAGAGAUGCAGCUGCUGCAUUAGCUGCUAUGAAUGGGAGAAAAAUUUUGGGAAAGGAGGUCAAAGUAAACUGGGCAACAACACCAAGUAGCCAGAAAAAAGAUACAUCCAAUCACUUCCAUGUGUUCGUUGGGGAUUUAAGUCCAGAAAUAACAACAGAAGACAUCAAGUCAGCAUUUGCUCCUUUUGGUAAAAUAUCGGAUGCACGGGUAGUUAAAGAUAUGGCAACUGGAAAGUCAAAAGGCUAUGGUUUUGUAUCUUUUUAUAACAAACUGGAUGCAGAAAAUGCUAUUGUACACAUGGGAGGCCAGUGGUUGGGAGGCCGCCAGAUCAGAACUAACUGGGCAACAAGGAAACCACCAGCCCCUAAAAGUACACAAGAAAAUAAUACAAAACAGUUGAGAUUUGAAGAUGUAGUAAAUCAGUCAAGUCCAAAAAAUUGUACUGUGUACUGUGGAGGAAUUGCCUCGGGCCUAACAGAUCAGCUUAUGAGACAGACUUUUUCACCCUUUGGACAGAUUAUGGAAAUAAGGGUGUUUCCAGAAAAAGGUUACUCAUUUGUCAGGUUUUCAACCCAUGAAAGUGCAGCACAUGCUAUUGUUUCAGUUAAUGGAACCACAAUUGAAGGACAUGUUGUUAAAUGUUAUUGGGGUAAAGAAUCCCCUGAUAUGACUAAAAACUUCCAGCAGGUGGAUUACAGUCAGUGGGGACAGUGGAGCCAAGUAUAUGGAAACCCACAACAGUAUGGGCAAUAUAUGGCUAAUGGGUGGCAAGUACCAUCAUAUGGAAUGUAUGGCCAAGCAUGGAAUCAACAGGGUUUUGGAGUAGACCAAUCUCCAUCUGCUGCCUGGAUGGGUGGAUUUGGUGCUCAACCUGCCCAGGGCCAAGGUGCUCCUGUAAUACCUAACCAAGCUGGAUAUGGUAUGGCAAGCUACCAAACACAGUGAGCUGGGACUCUGUUUAAAAGUGUGUAUUUCAUGAUAGGCUGCAGUUUCCAGUGACAUUCUGAAGACUGGAAUGUAGACAAUGAAAAAAACAAAAGAAAAUAUUUAUUUUAAAAAUGGAAAUGUUUGGAACCUUUAGCACAGCUUUGCUUUGGUGAAGGACACAAAUGUCUUCUAGUUCUGCCUUUUUAAGUUUUUGUUCAUGAUGGAUAUGAACAUGUUUUUCUUUGUGUACAAAACUUCAAAAUAAAGUCAAUAAAGACAAUUCUGACUACAAAUUUUGAUAUAGUAGGAGAAAUGGCUAAUGAAUUUGAUUUUGAGGUUACCAUUCCCUUUUUUUUUUUUUGUUUUGUCUUCAGUGUUUUAUAUCAUUGUGCUUUUAAGAGAAAUGACGUUGAAAAACAGGGAGUUGCUUUUAGCUGAACACACAUCCUGAAAUAAACUGUGGACCAAUCACUACAACCUGCAAGACAGUAUUGAGUUUUCCAGAAACCUAUGGACAUAGCUCAAAGUAUAUGUAGGUCUUGGAAGAAUUUUUUAAAAAAAUAUUUAAUUUUUCUACAUGCUUACAGAAAACAGCUGAUACAAUGAACAGUUCAGUCUGAAAUGAAAAACAGUACUGUCUGAGAAAUUUCACAUAACUUUUACUGUCCACAUUCAGGCACACGUUGAAACUUUUCAGAGCUGGUUUGCUUGUUAAAACUCUAGUAGUUUACAUUUAAUUUUAAGAAGUAAAAGUGUUUUUACAAGUAUGUUGUUUGUAUUCAAAUCAGACAGUCAUACUUGGGCUUUUACAUAAAGUUUGAAGGCUACACAUUGUAAAUAUUUCAUAAUUACAGUGUUUCAAAAGCAUGCUCAAACAUAGAAGUAGCAAUGUAAUUAUUCAAAGUAAUACUUAAUAUACCCUACUGCUUUAAAUGCAGUAGAUUGACAAGAAUGUGCAAGACUGACAUUUCCAAAGUUGGCUAUUAUGUAAAGUUACAUAAAGAACUAUAACAAAGAGCCUUAAUUUUAAUUUCAUAAAUCUUUAAUGCAUCACCUUUUUGUCAUUAGAAAUACAAAUUUUUUGCUUUACAUUAUUUGGUAUGUAAAUACCUUGGUUAACAACCUUGUAAACCUAUUUCAAGGUUAUUAUAAGUUGUAUAGUAUCUUGAGUGUUUUGAAAAAUCUUGAUGUUUUUUAAGUCUAGAAAUAUUUUGCCCAAGAAUUUUUUAACAAGAUUGUUAAAAACAUCUUAUUUUAGAGAAUAUUCAAUGUGCCAUUUGGUAAAUGGAGAUGCAGUUGAAACAGUACACUGAGUUGUGACUUAUUUUUAAUUAAAGUUUUUGUCUUUAUGGAUGGUUUGCAUGUGAUGAACUUGUACAGAGGCUGGGUUGUUUGUGUACUGAGUGUGUAAAUGGAUAAAUCAUGAAGAUGUUUAAAUGGUAUACUUGGGUUAUUUCUGAAUUAUUUUAUGGAUACAUUGAUAUAAACUGCCUCAAUAAAUUUGAAGUUGAAAAUGAAUGUAAGUUAGAAAUAAGUAAUGUGUCCUCCCUGUGACAGCUAGAGGGUGCAAAUGCCUCAGCUGUCAUCUGGAAUGCUGAGGCAGGCACGGUUGGAAGGGAAAGAGUAGGAUUUGCAGUGGUAGCUCAGUGCAGCAAACUUGCAUUUUAAAAGAAACAGAACUUUUGGUUUUUAGAGCUGGUAGUUGUGAGUGUCUGAGCAGCUGUGUAUUUUCUCUGUUUCUGGCCAUGCAGGUGUUGCGAGGUAGAGUAUUCUGUUUUGAAAUGGAGAUUUGCAGUUGUGUUAAACCCAGCCAGGUUGUGCAAAUAACUACACUUGUUGCUGUAGCAAAUCACAUGAGGGUUUUCUUUCCUCCUCUUUGAUUGAUGUGUGAAGUAGUACCUUGACUUUUAGAUCAGGUUGAGAGUGAGAUGUGCUGGAAGAGCAGUUUGGUCAGUUGGCUCAGCUGCACCAGAGGUACCUGUGACUCUGGGCAUCCAAUGCAUGCAAUAAUGACUGAGGUUAGUGUGGAACCACGAGUGCUCGUGCUGGCAGAGUUGGCCCUUUAUCUCCUUUUCUCCUUUAUGGUAUCUGUAGUGUCUUUCCACUCAAGGUAGGAAUCUUUGCCUCCAGGACUCUUGUUUUUCUAUACAUUUUGUACAUAUGUGUAUAUCUACGCGAGGAUCGGCCUAUACAUUGUAGUUUGGGAAAACCUCACAAGUAAGUCUGUGCUUUUGUUACACUCAGCUGGUUUAAAAAGUCUGUAGAGAUAUGAAUUGUGAGUUCCUUUAGGAUUUCUUAGGCUUCACUUGAAAUCUGGGGUUUCUGCAUCCUCCUAGGUGUUUGCCAUAUGGCUGUUCUGGGUGCAUGCUGGUGUGGAGGCAGUUUGUUCUUUAGGCGCUACUGAAGAUGUAGAUGAUGCGAGUACAUUGCCACAUAAAUGCCCAUAUAAAUGGGUGUGAGAUUAAGGCAGUGAUCUUUCAGGUCUCAAUGUGUAGAUCACUUUAAAUCUGAUUAUUUAAUAUGCCUGCUGUAGAGCUGGGCCGUACCUGAGCUGUAUUUCAGGAUGAAAGAUAGGAUAUACCUUCUGAUUUAAGUCUUUUGUCAUUGAUUUUUAUACAGCUUUUCUGUAAUGGUGAUAUUUCUUCGCAGACUGCUCAAGGUGUGGGGGUCUCCAGUGUCCUUUAAUGUUUCUCUAGCACUGCUAGGAGGAGUUGUAAAUUAGAUUGCUUUUUACUCAGUAGCAUUCAUAAAUGCAUCACUGACAAUUUUUUGGCACCAAAGAGCCUCUUGCACCAUACUGCUUUUAUGAGUGACACUUACACUGUUGUAAUUUCUCUAACUACAGAAAUUGACCACUACCUAACCCUUACCACUAGAAUUUGGAUUUCAGAAACACUGAUUUAUUAUGGCUUAAGUUGAUGCGUGCAACCUGAACCAAGGUUGUAAUCUGCGUUUGCAGAAAAUGUUCAAUAAAAAUGGAACAUGAUAAAGGGCUUAUCCUGUAUUUGUCAUCUGUCAAAGCAUUGUCCCUCUUUGCUGUAAAGCUGACAACAGGCAGACAAGGCUGAACUUGUAAACUAUGCACUUGCAACCAUGUAAAAGAUGUUUUAUUUAAAAAUUUUUCCUACAAAAUCAUUUUGUAUUUUGUGGAGUUGCAGUAGUAAGGCUGUAAAUCUAAGGUUACGUGUGUAGCUUCUCAUCAAUCCUGCCUCCUUGUGUAUAUUUGCUAACAGUUUUUAGACAUACCUGCAGAACCUUCUUCUUACUAAGAUAACUUCAUGAGAAGUGAUUCACUGUACCAGAACCAUUGCCUUCAUUUCACUCAAAAAAAGUCUCACAGUGAAUAAGGCUUAGUUUUGCAGAAAAAUAGUGAUUUGUUUUUCUUGUGUUUGUACACAAGGAAGCAGACUUAAACUGUAUGGACAUGAUUAGUGUCUGAUACUUCUUAAUUAUCUGACUGUUUUUGAACAAGGGCACAAGUGUUUGUUUUAAUCACGUGAAACUGUUUCCUGGUCAGCAAUAAAAGAUUUUGUUGCACUGUUCUUACAUUGCAAGAUACAGGCAAUCUUUUGUUCAGUAUACUUCCAAAAAAUGGAUGGGGUUUGUGAAGAACUGCCUUGUUCCAGCUUGAAGUUUCAUAUAUAGAUAUAAUCUGGGAUCUGGAUUGCGGCUGUAAGAGCAAAAGAAAGUUUUCUUGAAAGUUGAGUGAGAAUUCAUUUGUUCUGAUCACAUGUGGUGCCUAUCCCACAUUGAUAAAUUUAAGGGUUUUACAAUGUAAUGAAGUUUCUGUUCAUAAAAAGGCAACUGCAAGGCAGUAGCUUCUGGGAAAGUCUUUGGUGUGUUUCAUUUCAGCUGACUUCUAUGAAUCCAGUUGAUUGUUUAAAAAAAACCCUUAAAAGUUGUUGUGUUUUUCAAUAUCACAUGGAUAAAAUCCCAUCCUGCUGUACCAUAAUUUCAAAUCAAAGAAAAUGCUGAAGUGUUUACUGAAUGUUUUACUUGAAAAAGAAACAGGACUUCAUGUUGACAAGUGAACACUGAUUGUGUUGUCCUUCUGAGGCUGUGUGCUGAUGUGGAUCAUGGAUGUGUGAAUGACAGGCUCUGCUCACUGACAUUUCAAGGGUAAUGACUCAGAACGUUAAUUUGACAUCAGUAAUGAUUAUUUGAAUACAAGUUAUUCUUGCUUAAAUACACAGCUCCCUGUGCUUUGAUUAAAGCUGAUCAGAAUCUUA